GAAACUUGUUCGGUGAUUGUUUUAUGGUUGUUGGAAACAAGCGUAGUCUCUCAGGGACUUUAUGGCAACUUGGAGAGAAAGUACAGGGAAGCAGCAGGUGCUAAAAAACACAAAGUGAAGCUCAAACAUGGCUUUAUCUGAACUGUACACAAAGUAUAACAGAGUGUGGAUACCAGAUGAAGAACAAGUGUGGAAAUCGGCUGAAAUCACUAAAGACUUCCACUCGGGCGAUAAUGUUCUUGAAUUACUCCUCGAAGACGGAACUGUUCACCUCCACCCGGUUGACCCCUCCAAGCCCAAACUGCCCCCUCUCAGAAACCCAGACAUCUUGGUAGGGGAGAACGACCUCACGGCUCUCAGCUACCUGCAUGAACCUGCGGUCCUGCACAACCUCAAAGUCCGAUUUGUCGAGUCCAGAAUCAUCUAUACCUACUGUG